GGGAGGGGAGGGAAGGAGGGAAAAGGCGUAACCAGGAAGCGCUGUGAAAGGAGAGCAUCGACUUUCGCUUCUCCGCCGAUCAUGGCUGCUAGCAACCGGGGCAUGGAGUUAGAUCUCACAUGGCUUGCACGGGUUCGGGUGAAUCACCCAGCUGUUCUAAAGCGGGCGACGCAGAUUGAAACGCAACGGGCCAUGAAAAAGAAUUGGCAGGCAGCUUGGCUAUUGAGAGCCGUCACCUGCAUAGACCUCACCACCCUUUCUGGAGAUGACACCCCAUGCAGUGUUCACCGGUUGUGCCACAAAGCCAAACAUCCCAUCCGAGAGGAUUUGUUACAAGCCUUGAAAAUGCACGAUAAAGGCAUCACCACAGCAGCCGUUUGUGUCUAUCCGGCUAGAGUAGCCGAUGCAGUUAAGGCUCUCAAAUCUGCUGGCUGCCACAUCCCAGUAGCUUCAGUGGCAGCUGGAUUCCCAGCAGGACAGACACCUCUAAAAACCCGUUUAGAGGAGAUCCAGCUAGCCGUGGAAGAUGGGGCCAAAGAGAUUGAUAUUGUCAUUAAUCGAACCUUAGUACUGACAGGCCAAUGGGAAGACCUUUAUGAAGAAAUCUGUCAAUUCCGCAAGGCCUGUGGCGACAUUCACCUGAAAACUAUCUUGGGGACAGGAGAGCUGGGAUCGCUUACAAAUGUCUACAAAGCCAGUCUUGUAGCCAUGAUGGCAGGGUCCGAUUUUAUCAAGACGUCUACCGGAAAAGAAGCGGUGAAUGCUAUUUUCCCAGUGGGGCUGGUCAUGGUGAGAGCUAUUAGAGACUACUACUGGAAAACUGGCUAUAAGGUUGGAUUCAAACCUGCAGGAGGCAUUCGCAAAGCCAAAGAGGCCUUGAUCUGGCUUUCCCUGAUGAAGGAGGAAUUGGGAGAGGAAUGGCUGAAACCAGAACUCUUUCGCUUGGGUGCCAGUACUUUGCUGGGAGAUAUUGAAAAACAGAUUUAUUAUCACGUGACCGGCAGAUACCCAGCUUCCUAUGACCUGCCCAUGGCUUAGACCGGUGACGGAUUCAUACUGUGAAAGAGCGAAAGAAUUAAACCAACAAUGUCUUGAAUUUUUUUCUAUCCCCUGAAACCACGUCCUUACUAAGUGCUUUACAAAACGGAUUAAAACUGUGGUGCCUCCAUUUCACAGUUUCAGUGUUCUUAGAAUGGCCCAAGGCCCAGGUGAAUCAAUGGAGAAAUCUUUGAAUGUUGAAGAUUUCUAGUGUUAUUUGUUUUGUAAUGGCAUACAUUGACUUUGGCCUGGAUUUCAGGAAACAACCAGGAAAUGAUUAUUUUAGGGUGAAUUUUGUACUUGAAAUUAAGCAUUUGUGAAUUGCCAUAUAUAUAUAUAAAUAAAGUAUACCAAAAUCUGAU